GACCGGUUUCGAAACGUCACCCUACCUGUCAAAUCAAACAGAAAUGACGCCGACUCCGUGUCGAGUCGAAGUUUUAAAUUUUAAACAGACAUAGCAACAAAUAUGAGUGAAAAAUUAAAGGAAUUACGCGAGCGCUCUCAAAAGAGAAAAAAACUUUUAGCACAAACUCUUGGUGUUUCGAGUGUGAGUGAGCUGAGGCAGGCUCUAGGGACCUCUAGCGAUGUGCCGGCGAAGAAGCUAGCGGUGUCUGAAGGCGCGGAGGACAAGCCUACCAGUAAGGAACAACCUGAUGGCUUGGUGUACACAGACUCUUCCACUUUUCUUAAGGGCACCCAAUCCUCCAACCCCCACAACGACUACUGCCAACACUUCGUAGACACUGGCCAGCGGCCGCAGAACUUCAUCCGAGACGUGGGGCUCGCAGACCGCUUCGAGGAAUACCCGAAGCUGCGGGAACUCAUCAAGUUGAAAGAUGACUUGAUUGCUCAGACUGCGACGCCGCCUAUGUACUUGAAGUGUGAUUUGAAGACAUUUGACUUAAAGCAGAUGGGCAGCAAAUUUGAUGUGGUACUAGUAGAGCCUCCGCUGGGUGCUGGCUGGCGUUGGCCUGAUGUACUCGCCUUGGACCUGCAGCAGAUCGCUCAGCCGCGGUCCUUCGUGUUCCUCUGGUGCGGGAGCUCGGAAGGACUGGACAUGGGCCGCGAAUGCCUCAAGAAAUGGGGUUUCCGCCGCUGCGAGGACAUCUGCUGGAUAAAAACUAACAUCAACAACCCCGGGCACUCCAAGAACCUGGAACACAACGCUGUGUUCCAACGGACCAAGGAACACUGCCUCAUGGGCAUCAAAGGGACAGUCCGGAGAUCUUCGGAUGGAGACUUUAUCCAUGCUAAUGUGGAUAUUGACCUGAUUAUAUCUGAGGACCCGGAGUUUGGGAGUACGGAGAAGCCUAUUGAGAUAUUUCAUAUUAUGGAGCACUUCUGUUUGGGACGGAGAAGAAUCCACCUAUUCGGUCGCGACUCGACCAUCCGCCCGGGCUGGGUGACGGUGGGCCACGAGCUGACCAACUCCAACUUCAACGCGGAGCUGUACGCGGCCAACUUCGCGGAGGGGCGCGACUCCACGGGCUGCACGGAGCGCAUCGAGGCGCUGCGCCCCAAGAGUCCGCCCAACACCAACAAGGCGAGGCCGAGGGGCCGCGGCGGCUUCCGGGGCCGAGGCCGCGGUCGCGGCGCCUUGUAGCACUCUACAGUACGGGACUACACCGGCGGUCGGAACCUCCCUAGCUGUUUUAUAUGUAAUAUCAAAGAGAAUAUAUGCGAUCAUCAUCAUCAUCAUCCUGUCCUGGCCGGUUUGUGCUGGCUAGUGAGAGCGACGAUCGUGAGCUCUCAGGUGGCUGAGGUGGCCUAUUUUUGCAGUGAAUGUAUAGCUACAAUCACCGCAGGUCAACACCCCUCCGACGAAAUUGUAGUUGAUGACCGCAGGUGGUCGGGCCUUUAACUCGUCACGCUUCGCGCCGUUCCACUCGUUUCUGCUCUUCGAAAGCCUGCACUUUUGUACUCACUGUAUGUCUCCACUUUGGCCGAUCUUGUGCCGAAGUCUGCCAGUGCAAUGGUUCAAUGUCACAUCUCCGCAGAGUGUUACUGUCAUAGUACAUUUUGUGGUCACAGUAAAUUUACUGCCAUCUAUCGACACGCGAUUAAAACUUUAAAAAAAAAUGUAUAUAUGUGCCAUUUUCAACCAAAAGGCUUCUUAUCGUCGGUUGUCAAUAAGGCGCUAUUUCCUUAUAGCUUCAAUUUGAAAUCAACCUUAUCGCCAAGUGACAAUGUGGUACCAUUUGGUUGAAAACGUCACAUAUAUAAAACUAAACUCUCGCGUUUUGUACACAUAAUUAAUGUCUAUACCGGGUCUAACGCGAUUAAAUUUCAUUAUUUUACCUUUUUUCCGACGUUUCAACUAGACUUCCGUGACCACAGCUAGUGCAACCUAGUUGAAACGUCGGAAAAAAGGUAAAAUAAUGAAAAUUUAUCGCGUUUGACCCGGUAAUUACAUUAAUUAUGUAAAUAUAUGGAUAAAUGUUUUGUAUUGUAUUUCUUUAUUGCAGAUAACAAGAUCCAUAUUACAUUAAAAUCACGAGCACAAUUAAAAUAACAAUAAAUAGGUACAUUAAAACAAAUCUUAAAAUUAAAUUAAAUUAAAUUAAAGUUUUAAUAGUUUUAAUAACAAAACUUCCGUGAGACACGGACUUAUUAAAUAUGUUAAUAACGGGUCACUCACGUGUUUUCGAGCGUUUUCGACUUAAAACACAUGAGUGACCCGUUAUUAAUAUAUUUAAUAUAUAUGGAUAAAUGAUUAACUUUUUUUGUACCUAUUUAUUAUUUUUAUAUGAUUUUGACCCAUGUUCUUUCACUGAUGUGAUGUGUUAAAAUUGUUAAAUACCAACCGAAAUCGUCAACGCCAUCUAGCCGAGAAUAGGCCAAAGGUUGGUAUUAGUGGUAGCGCCAUCUGUGCGAAAAUCAUCUUAUACGGAGUUACAUGGUAGGUCUUUGGUAAUAUGGACAAACGACAAUGUCUGAUAAAGUCACGCAUAUUAACAAAGUGCGGUCCGCUUUAACUUUGUUAACUACGAUGUGGCCCUUGGCUACUAAAACAUUUAAACUUUCACGAUUUCUACACAUUAUUAAAUUGUGAAACUGGACUUAAUCGCGUAUUUAAGUUUUAAGAUUUACCUCCGACGUUUCGAGGUCGGCGUAGAACACACUUAGCUUAUUAAAUAAGCGUGCGAAACUUUUUUAGCCUUAACUACACAUCUCAUAACUUGUUUUAACUUAUUCUAUGGUGUUUUGUCGGUGACCCCUUUUUAUUUGGAGAUGACUUCUAAGAUAAUAAUCAAAUAGGGUAUUCUCCUACUAGUCAAAUCAGUUUCUUUUUUCCCAGGUAGCAAAAUGACGUCAUUUUGCUACCUGGGUUAGAACUCAAAACGAUUUACUAAAUAUGGAAUUUAUAUGAAACAUGACGUCACGGUCAACUCGCAUACUUUUUAUACUUCAGUCCGAUUGAUUAAAUCAGGGGUCGGCAACCUUUUAGCAGCCAAGGGCCACAUAGUAGUUAACGAAAUUGACGCGGGCCGCACUUUGUUAAUAUUUAUGACUGUAUCAGGUAUUGUCGUUUGUCAAAAUUAUAUACAAAAUAGCCAAGGAGGCUCGCGGGCCGCCUGUUGCCGACCCCUGGAUUAAAUAGAAAUUGUGUAUAAAAAUAACUGCUUUAUUUCAUGCAUGUGUGAAAUAUUUUAUUUUAAAUACAGUGUUAGCAGCAAUUAAAUUUUUUGAAGAAUGGUCAUGUUAAUACGCCAUUUAAUGAAUACAGUUUUCACGGCACGAUUUUCCUUUAAAUUUUAACUAUGUAGCAAACUUGCAAUACUUUCGUCCAAACGGUUUAUAUUUUUAUGUUUGAAUUUAUUUUUUAUGUAAAAAUGCAUGCACAUUUAAAUUAAGUUUAUUUUAAUUGAUGAACUGUAUAAGGCGCAUCUCACACGGUCUGAAACCGGAAUCCCGGUUACGGAAUAAAUUCAGAUUUUGUCUAUGGUUCGUUAAUAUUUUGUAUAGUGACACCAUAAAUGCCGAAACACACUCAACUUGUCAGUAGAAAAGGCGCGAAAUUCUAAUUAUCUAUGAGAGAUCACCCCUUUGCGCCUACAUUUUUUAGUGUGCCGCCUUUUUCUUCUGACAAAGUGGCUGUGCCGGUAUAGUUUGGCAAGCCAUUUUCGUCAGUAGCAAAAAGGCGGCCAAUUUAAAAGAAUGUAGGCGUAAGGGGUAUCCUCCCAUAGAAUAUUUGAAUUUCGCGCCUUUUUCUAUUGACAAAGUGGGUUUUUCAGAGAAGAGGUGAUUUUAUUCAGUUGGACACUACUUUUUUUUUAAUUUGGGUUAUUUCUACUCAGUUCCGGCCGCAUUUCUGACAACGGCCAAAAUUCCUGACGUCUAGUAACCCUAACUCAGAAUGAAUCUGAUCCUAAUAGAAGAAAAGUGCCCCAAAAUUUUAAGAUGGUAGUCAAUAGUAUUAUAUCCAGACUCCAGAUAAUGUUACCGAGUUUGUUUUUAUAAUUGGUCAAACCAAAUUGUCAGUCAGUAACAACGAGGAAAAUUAUACUCAUCCCUUUCUUUUGAGAGGAAUGAGACAGUCCUUUGACAGACUAUAAAUUCAGACCGCGAGGGAUGCGCCUUAGGCCCCGUGCCCACGUGCGCAGUAGCUCAGGUGUGUACGCAGAAUACUGUAUGGUUGUUUUAGACGGCAUAAGAAAUAGUGACAUGUGAAUGAAUUCAGUAUU